AUGGACACUGCGGCGGGCCCUGUGCCGCCCCAGCCGGCGCACGACGACGACGAGGCGCGUGACGAGGUCGCUGCUCUUCCCCGAGCUGCGGCCGGUGACGCCGACGCUGCGGCGCGCAUGGACGACGAGCGCGACGAGACGACAACGGCCGUCGACGAGGUCCUCGUGCCCUACACGUUCGGCCGCACCCCGUCGCUCAAGCUCGACGUCGACCACCGCCUCCCGCUCGCAAGUCGCACCGUCCGCCCUCGGCUCGAGCACCGCACGAGCUCGCACUCGUCCUACUCGUCGUCGAUCGGCAUCGCCGCACCUCCUCCACAGCAGCCGAGCGGCGUCCUCCCAGCGCCUCGCCCGUACGCCCUCCCGCCGGGCCUCGCCCACUCGCCUCAACCUCCCCCUUUCGCGUCGCCGGGCCUCGCGUCCUACUCGCCCACCGGACCAUUCCGCACCGUCGCCCCUCCCUCGACCCGCCCUGUCCAGCCCUUCCCUCGCUCGGGAGUCCCCAGCAUGGCCGCCCCUCGCUCGGCCCGCAUCAGCUACGAGCCGCCGAUCCCGCUCGACGUCCAGAUCCUCCUCCUCACGACCCCGCCGCCGCCUGCACCCGCGUCCCGCACGAGCCUGAGCAGCGUCAGCAGCCGCGCGUCGACGCUCGCGAGGAGCGACGCCCAGGCGUACCGCGACGAGUUGCUCGCCGCCGAGCGGGCACGGCGCGCGAGGGAGGACAAGCGCCUCGCGGGCAAGGCGAGGCGCCUGCUCAGCGGCAGCGUCAGCUACCUGUCGGGCGGCGGGGGCGGGACGGCGGGACGCAGGGCCGAGGACCUGGCGGGCGGGACGGCGCGAGACGACGACGCGGGCGUGCCGACGAAGGCGUUCGAGUCGCUCGACUUGAACCGGUCGAGGGGGAGCAGGGACUCGAGGAGAGGGGCGGGCCGGAUCGACAGCACGACCGCGGUCGAGUUUGUGCCCAAGACGUGGGACGAGUACACGGCGGCGUACGCGGCGGGCCAGCUCGACCUCGAGGACCCGCCGUUCCCGCCACUCGGCGCGCUCUUGAGCAUCUCUGCGACCUUCCCCUCGGCGGCGGCGCCGCACCGAGCAGGGGCCGCCAGCCUGUCGCCAUACGAGGCGGCGCACUUUCCCGCCCCGCUGCACCUCUCGCCCGUCACGCCGACCCGCGAGCGCCUCCUCGCCCAGCUCGACCUCCUCGGCGAGACCUACUUGCUCCCGAGCGCGUCGGCCGUCCCGCUCCACGUGUCGACCACCACCGGCAGCCCGGUCCCGUCGCUUCCCUCGGCAGGGUCGAGCGUCACGAGCGGCCGUCGCGACUCGCUCGUCCAGUCGGUGCACGCGGCGGCGGGGCGCAGGGCGUCGAACGCGUCGACGGCGCCGUCGACGACGCACUCGGGCCCGUCGCCGGCGACCAAAGGCGGCGCCGUCUUCCCGUCGUCGUCGUACGCGCCGCCGCCGUCGUCGCCCGCCAUGAUGGUCAACGCGCAGCCGUACGGGCAGCACCUGUCGCACGCGCCGCCGGUCGACGCCAUCUCGGCCAUGACGUUGCGCAACCACCCAGCGCUCCUCACCCUCCUCCGCCGCGCCCUGUACGCCCCUCUCGGCUCGCAGGCCCUGUUCAAGCCUGUGCCGAAAGCCGCCAUCAUCACCCUGUUCCCGACGGCGGCGUCGUCGCACGUCACGAUCCUCGCGUCGGUCGGCCUCCCGACCCGGACGACGACGCUCCCCGUCUCGCACGCCCUCGACGCGCACGUCCUCCUCGCCGGCGAGCGAGGGCUCGUCGUCCCCGACACGGAGCGCGACUGGCGCUUCCGCGGCAACGAGGUCGUGUGCAAGAGCCCGAGCAACCCGAUGAGCGGCACGUUCGGCGCGUCGCCGAGCGGGCUCGGGAUCCGCUUCUUUGCCGGCGUGCCCAUCUUUGCGCCGUCGCUGCCCUCGCUCGCCGGGUUCGAGGAGGAGGCCGGCGGGCGCAUCGCGAUCGGCACCGUGUCGCUUCUCGACGACUGGCCCCGCACGAGCAAGUUCGGCUCGUCCGACCGCGCCAACCUCCGCUCGCUGGCGAGCCAGGUCACGCACGAGAUCGACCGCUUCCUGCGCGAGCGUGAGCAGCACCGGUUUGCGCGCCGCACGUCCGUCUCGUCGACGGUCGCGAGCGCGUCGGCGCUCGGUGCUGGCGGCGGCGGCGGCAACAGCGCGGUGUCGCAGACGACGGCGCGCACGGCGACUCGCGAGCGGGCGAGGAAGGCGGCGUCGGGCGGGUCGGGCGUCGAGCGCGCGGGCGAGGGAGGCCACGUCAGCUGGGACGGGCGUCGCGGGUCCACGUCGGGCUCGGAGCGCGAGGGAGGGCCAGCGGCGCCGGCGCCAACUGCGCCUCUACCCACACCUCCACCAUCCACCGGUGCAGGCGCGCACGCUUCCCCAGUCGCCGACACGUCCUCGUCGUCCGUGUUCGCCACGGCGUGCACCUCGCUCGCCCAGUCGCUCGACCUGUCGCUCGUCUACGUCGUCUCUCUCGACCUCGCGUCGUGCGCCCCGGCGCCCUCGAUCGUUGGCCAACCGGCCCUCACCCUCGUCGCGGCGCACAACCUGCCGUCGGACUCGAACGCGUCGUUCGACCCGGCGCUGCACCUGCGCGCCCUGCGCGCGCCCGAGGGCGGCCUCCUGUACCGAUCGCCGACGGCGACGGCGGCGGGCGAAGGCGCGCAGGCCACAGGCGCCGGCGGGUUCGCGAGCGGGAUCUUGCUCCCAGUCGCCGAGUCGACCGAGACGGGCUACGUCCUCGCCGGGUACACGACCGAGCGCCGGCGCAAGUGGGGAGAGGCCGAGAUGGGCGAGUUCGACAAGGUGCGCGACCGGCUCGCGAGCGUCGUGCCGUCGCCGUGA